UUGCGCCCCGUUACACCGUCGUUCGGGGGGAGAGGGGGGGGGCCCGUUGAAUCCGGCGUGCAGUGCCCGGCCGAGUGGCCGCCGUCGCCCGUCCGGCCGCCGCCCAGGCGCGUCGACCGGUACGCCAAACCGGAAAUAACGAACUCGAGCGGACGGUGCGCCGCAGGCCUACUACCAACAUGCGUCG